UAAUUUAAUUUGGACGAAACACGCAAGCAAGGAAUUUCCCGAGCCAUCAAAUCAGAAGCAAACUUACACAGCAAUCAAAUUCAUAACGAAAAUCACUGCCUUUUUUAUGACUCUUGAAUUCAAUGCUCCCACACCACCACCAACUUCACGUACCAGCUACCUUUUCCUUCCACGCCUCAAACUGCUUACUUGAUAUUCUUCACUUUAGCCCAUCAAGAAAUUAACCCACAAAAGGAUUGGAUUUUUCAUGGGUGGAGAAGAGAAGAAGGAUAGCCAGACUGAAAGAAGAAAAAACGAAAUUAUGGGUUUCGCAGUUUCUGUGAAGCCUUCGGGGUUUGAGCUGAUGCAGAACUGUGAUCUUCCGCCACCUUCCAAGUUUUUGAUGGGUCCAGAUAAGAGUAGGGUGUAUGACAUUGCAGGCAAAGGAGAAGAGGGUGAAAGGAAUAAAAUGGAGGUUCUGAAGGCGCUGCAAGCAUCUCAGACACGGGCCAGGGAGGCAGAAAAAAAGGCUGCACUUCUGAAAAAAGAAAGGGAGUGUCUUAAAAUUGUUGUGUUGGGGGAGGCCAUGCACUUGUUUGCAUAUCGGCAACAGCUGAGAUUGGUUGAGCUUCAACUUCUGCACCUGCAACAACAACAACAACCAGAUGGAGACGAAGAAGAAAGUAGUAGUGUUGCAUGGCUUCUGGCUUUGCUUCUUUCCUUUGGAAUUGGAGUCACCACCGCCCUUUCUUGGAGAUACUUUCUGUAGAUACACCCUCUGCUGCUAUUGGGAUUUUUGCUUUAUAUUACGUAUACACAAAUAAAACUUUGUAACCAAUCAAUUAUAUCAUAUCGUGCUAUCCAGAUGUGAUCAAUUCUAUCUUUCCGCUGAAAAAA